AUGUUGUGGUUGGACUGGCAAUCCCGAGCGAUUUGUUCAGGGGGGUUCGCCGGUCGCUGGUCGCCGGUGCCGUCUCCGAAAUGUCUCUCUUAUCACGAUGAGAAAGUCAUCCAGCUCCCAAAAAAAAAAUCGGCAUUGCGAGGGGCUGCAGAGCUUCCGGCCGGCAACGAGCGGCAGCCCACCUCUCGGCACGCAAACCCCCCAACCCUGUCGAAAGCUUCCCUGUCCGCUGUCAGGGACCCACAUCCAACAUCAUCCUCCACUGGAAAUUGUUCACAGGCGGCGCGACUGUGUACCUCGAACCAAUUCGCGGUCAAACAACAUCAGGAACAUCAAUUCCCUCCGAAAAACCACCACCACACCACAACAAAAAUGUCCUCCCACACCACCCUCGCAGCAGCAACCGACGACCGCAAAGCCCGCCUCGCAAAACUCAAAUCCCUAAAACGCAAACAACCCUCACCCUCCCCAUCAGACGAAGCCCCUUCCCCUUCCCGCUCCCAAUCCCCCCCAACAAAACAAGUUUCCCACCUCCACCUCUCCGGCCGCAACUACGACCCCGAAACCAAAGGCCCCAAACUCGGCUUCGAAGCCCCCCCCACUCUCUCCCUCGAGGCACCCACCCUCGAAGAACAAGCAGCAGACCUCCAAGACGAAGUCAACCGCCAAGCCGCCAUCGACGCAGCCCAGGCGGCAGAAAAGGGCAUCGACCUCUUCAAGCUCCAACCCAAAAAACCAAACUGGGAUCUGAAGAGAGAGUUGAACGCCAAGAUGGAGGUGCUGAAUGUGAGGACGGAUAAUGCCAUUGCGGGGAUGGUCAGAGAACGAUUAGCCGAGAAGAAGAAGGUUGCCGAGCAGAGUCACAGGGGAAGCAAGGAAAGUGAGGAUAAGGAGGCGGAUGGGAUGCUGGACGGGGCGGCAAUUGUGGAGGGGAUUAAACUACGUGAACGGGAGGAAGAGGAAGAGGCCAGGAGAGAAAAGGAGGCCGAGGAUGAGGAGUUGGGGUUGGCCCGAAGGCUUGAUGAGCAAGACGAAAUUGUUGCUUGA